CUCGGAGUGGAUGAAGAGUGUGUCCAGAGGGUGAUGGCCCAGCUGAGCGGUGCUGUUACACACCUCCACUCCCUGGGUUUCGUCCACCGUGACAUCAAACCCGAGAACAUCUUUCUGUGUGACAGUUCCUGUCGCUGGGUCAAACUGGGCGACUUCGGCCUCGCCCGGGCCAUCGGGACCACAGUCCGACCUGUCUGGUACGACUCGCCCUUCUGCACUCCUGAGGUGGAGCCAGCUAAGGAGGCCGAGAAGGAGAUGGAGAGGCGGCUGAGUGAAGGGACUGAAGAAGAGAUGGAGGACAUUUGGGUAACAGUGGAGCCCUGCAUCGACAGCUGGGCCCUUGGCGUCCUCGUCUACUGCCUCUUAACCGGCUGCUUCCCCUGGGAGGAGAGCACCCAUGACGACCGUGGCUACCGCAGGUACAAGGAGUGGUUUAUCCGUGAGGCUGAAAAGGAGGACGUCAGAGACGUUGGGUGGAGGGGCGAGGGGGAAAAAGACAGUUACACCAUCAUGGAGAAAAACCCAAGAGACAACCCUCCUCCGUCACAGUUUGAGGGCUUCAGUCCACUUGUGAUGACUCUUUUCAAGGAGCUGCUCCACCCUGAGCCCAAACAGCGUGGAAGCCCGGAGGAGAUCCUGAGCUACCUGGGAGGGCCGUGGCUGAUGGAGACGGAGCGAGAGGAGAGGAGGAAAGCAGAGGAGGCAGAGAAGGAGGCCAGAAGAAUCAGAGAGGCAGGUGGAGUGGAGGAAGAACUGUUGAGGGAGGGAAGAGGGGAGAGAUAAACUUUAUAAAGCCAAACGCAUAAUGAAUGUAAAAUUUCUUACCAUGAGUAUUUCUGUGUGUAAAUAUACAUUUUACUCCAGUGCAAAUUUUUACAUGAUAUGGUUCUGUAUUUUUCAUAUUUUUAUAAAUAUUUUUGCUUUAGUUACAACUUUAACUGUUGCAUAUAUUCCAGUGUGUGUAUGUGUGUGUGUGUGUGUGUGUGUGUGUGUGUGUGUGUGUG